AUGUUGCCCUCUCGCAAAUCAGUAUCCUCUGUACGUGUAUCUGCUGAGGAUAUGCUGGAGGAUGAACCCUCAUCACCUAUCUUUUACCUAGAAACGCCAGAGCCAGAUAACGAACCACCAUCGUCGCCUCUCAUUGUCAUAGGUGGAACCUCGUCAUACCGCCGAAGAUUCUAUCAAACAUCAGAUCUCGAGGAUUUCUUUCAUGGAGCCUUCCUUGCUUGCAUUAGAGAGAUGGAGGAUCCCUUGCCUAGCUUAGAAGAGAUCAAGAACAAGUAUACCGAGUCCCUUAUCGUCACCAUCGAUCAUGAGGAGAGGUAUCGGGAACCUUGGUCCAGUAUCGAAGAAUGUUGGGACAAGAGGUUAACUGAAGGUCCCCCAAAGAAAGAUGGAAUUUUGAUGUUGCCAGGAUAUGGGCUUCCGCUAAGUCAUGGGAUCACAAGCAAAAAUCGUCAGCCGUUUCUUUUGGGACUCGACCCUGGAGACUGGCAUGCGCGAACAUUGACGAAUCGCGAAGUGUGUAUGCUCGAGCUGAUUGAAGCCAUCACGAAUAAACCUGAAUGGUGGAUCAAGGUACAGGACCAAGAAAUUGUGGCUAAGUGGAAGCAAGAGGCUCUUCAGGCGCCUUGGGAGAGUUUUCAGAAGAAUGCCGACUUCACAGAAGAGAUGGCACAAAAGUGUUUUGACGAAUUAGUGGCGAAGGCGCGGCUGUACGAGGAAACCUCCUUAAUUCCUGUCAUGGAUUACUCCGCAUGUGUAGUCAAAUCAGACAAGCUCUUAACGUCUCAACUGACAGAGAAACUUAAAGCUGCUGUGUCAUCACUCGAAGACGUCCCUGAGUACUGUCGAGAUUGGCACCCAGGUAGCGAUGAGAAAGUCCUGGACUUGGUUCAUCCGUCGCUUUGGCCGCUGAUUUAUGGGAGAUCACAGAUCGUUGCCGACGAGUACAUUCCACUCAACCAAUGCCUUGAAUUUUGUGGUGGGGGUACAACUAUUCCCACACCCUCGAGGCCACGCCUAGCCAGAUUGCGAGAGUAUUCGGGUAUCACAUGGCAUCGGGAUUUGUCAGAAAAACGUGCAUUAUCAACAGCAUUUCAGUGGCUCCCUUGCGACGUUGAUAUCACAGGGAAGACGCCACGGAUUAUGAGUUAUAUCAACAAUCUUCACCCUGUCCGACAUGCCGAUCUAUAUCUUGUCAUCGAGGAAUUAAUAGAAAAAGCUGUGCCUGCUUGGGAUCUUGUGUGUCGCUCGACAUCCCGACGCAGCAACUUUCAGCGAUUGGAGGAGAUUUUCGAGGUCGAGCGAGAGUGCCGUACAGUUGAGUACUGUGGACCACCUCGUGGGCGUAUGUACCUCUGCCAUCCAGGAAAGGUCCCGAGAGAGAUACUCGAACAACACAUGAACAUCAAUGCGGAUGAUCAUGACCCGCGUGACAAGCCUGGCUAUGAUGAAACCGCAGCUGCGUGGUUCAAAGAAACACACCCGGUUAAACUUCCAAAUGUCACAAAGCGAAGCUAUCCCCUUGAUGCCAGCUCUAUCAAAACUCAAGACUUCUUCGACAACACGUCUCGUAUUCAAGUCAUUGUCAAGCUGGCUAAUAUUCAUCUAACGCCCGAGAAACCACAAUACGACGGCGGAUCGUGGCAUGUUGAAGGUCAAUUCAAUGAGCAUAUUUGCGCCACGGCAUUAUAUUAUUAUGAUUGCGAGAACGUCACAGAUUCGCAUCUUGCGUUCAGAACGUGGGCAGAUGGAGAUGACUUGAGUGAUGAGCUGCAUCACGAACAAUACGACUAUGCCGGCAUUGAGCAGAUCUUUGCAAUAAAGGCUAAUGAUGGAGACAAGAUGCAACGAAUUGGUAGCGUUCUCACUCGUGAAGGUCGCGCUUUGAUAUUCCCGAAUGUAUACCAGCACCAAGUUCAACCCUUUGAGCUGCAGGAUAAAACUCGUCCCGGACAUCGCAAGAUUGUCGCACUAUUUCUUGUUGACCCAAAUAUUCCCAUCAUUUCGACUGGCAACGUGGCUCCGCAACAGAAGGACUGGUGGACAGAGAAGGUGAUGGAAACUGAACCGCUGAGGUUGUUUCCGAAUGAGAUCAGGGAUAUGAUCACUGAAGAAGUCACUUAUCCAAUCGGCUUAGAAGAGGCAAAGGCAAUAAGAGAGAAACUCAUGCGGGAACGAAAGAAGGACAAACGGAAGGAUUAUUAUGGUGCCAGGUGGGUGUCAAAGACAUAUAAGUAG